AUGCGCGGAUGGAGCUGUGCGGCGGCAACACAAGCGAGGGGCGAGGUUCCCUCUGCCGGGUCAAGCAACUUCCCCGCCAGAGCGUCUCCCUUUGCCGCCUCCAAGCUAGUGGACAGUCCCCGCACAACCUCCCCCCUCCCGCGACCCCGCGGCAGCGGCCCAAUGGCACGGCGACCUGCCACGGCAGCCUGGGCCACGGGGCCUCCAAAGCGGGCUCAUCUGCUCGGAAGGUGCUGGUGACCGGUGGCGGGGGAUACUUUGGCUUCAGGUUAGGGAGGGCAUUGGCUGCACAGGGGAUGUCCGUCAUCCUCCUGGACCUCAACAAACCUUCGCUGGACCUCCCUGAUGGAGCGCUCUUCCAUCAGAGCGAUAUCCGGGAUUACUUGUCCCUCUUCGACGUUUGUGACGAGGUCGACUGCGUGUUCCACUCUGCAUCUUACGGCAUGUCUGGUCCGGAACAGCUGAGGAGAGAGCAGGUGGAGUCUGUCAACGUGGGCGGCACCGAUAACGUUCUUCACGUGUGCAGAGAAAGGAGCAUUCCCCGGCUGGUGUACACCAGCACCACCAAUGCGGUAUUCGCAGGAGAGCCCAUCGAGGACGGUGACGAGGCCUCCGUCCCCUGCGUACCCCCCGACAUGCACAUUGAUCACUACUCACGGACCAAAGCCAUAGCGGAGCAGAUGGUCCUCUCCGCCAACGGGUGCUCCCUCAAAGGUGGCGGUGUGCUGAGAACUUGCGUCCUGCGGCCUUGCGGCAUCUACGGUCCUGAAGCGCGCCGGCACCUCCACAGAGUCAUGGUGAACGUGGAGCGUCGCUUGUUCAGUUUCCGCUUUGGUGACCGGCGGGCCCGAAUGAACUGGGUGCACGUGGACAACCUGGUGCUGGCCCACAGGCUGGCCGCGGAGGCUCUCACCAUAAAAGAAGGCUGCGUCGCUAGUGGCCAGGCCUAUUUCAUCAACGACGGACUGUCAGUUAACCUCUUUGUGUGGUUAAUGCCGCUUUUUGAGAGGCUGGGCUACAGCCAGCCGUUGAUCAACCUGCCCGUUUGGCUCGUCUAUUCAGCAGCUGUCCUGGUGGAAUAUUUGCACCUAUUGCUGAGACCCGUGAUGGAGGUGCCUCUGCUGCUCACCAGGAGUGAAGUGAGGAACAUAGCCGUCAGCCACACCUUCAAAAUAGACAAGGCCCGCAGAGAGCUGGGCUACUGUCCCAAAUCCUACAGCCUAGCAGAUUCUGUGGAGCAGUACCUGAAAUCCCGCCAGGCUCGCUCUGGUUUUCCUGGGGUCCACUGGACCCCCCAGCUGCAUGGAGUCCGUGUGCUGGUGAUGUUGCUGAUGAUGGCUUUGGGCAUACUGCUCGUCUUGUUGAGCCAGACUCUGGCUGACCGCUAACAUUGUGAAAAAAUUUAAAAAGUCAUCGAAUGGAAGGUCAGUGUUGAACGCACUUGUUUCCAAAGUAAGCUCGCGCCAUAAUAAAAUUUGUCAUCUGUA